AUGGUGGAAACCCUGGAGGCCGGUGGCCUUCCGCUGGACCAGGCGGCCCAGAUGUUCGAGCAGGGUAUGGCCCUGGUGCGGCGUUGCAGCCAGCUCCUGGAAGAGACUGAACUUCGGAUCGCCGAGAUUCGGGAGAAUGCCGGGGCAACACCCGCGCCGUCCGCUGGCUUGUCCUGGGGAGACCUGGAGAUGCCGCCCCUUGAUGAAGACUGGGAACCCGAAGAGGACCUUCCCAAUGAUGACUAA